AUGGCAAUCAACGGAGUAACAAAUGGAGCGCCAGAAGGUGCGAUAAACGGUGUGGCCCACACCGUAACAAAUGGCGCCCUCAAUGGAGUGACGGAGGCAGAUACCAACAAUGCUCGCCGGGAACCUGCACCCAUCGAAGCCACAGAGGCAUACAAAAAAUACCCCCUCGCGUACGAGUUGUCGAAGAUGCCCUUCCUGUGGCCACGUCGAAUGAAAGUGAUUGUCGCCGGAGCUGGCGCGAGCGCCUUGUCAUUGGCACAUGAAGUCCAAACUGGUGUGCUCAAGAACGUUGAUCUCCACAUUCUUGAGAAGAACCAGGGUCUCGGCGGGACAUGGUUCGAGAAUCAAUAUCCGGGAUGUGCUUGCGAUAUACCAGCUCACGCUUACCUGUUCACCUGGGCACCGAAUCCCAGAUGGUCGGAGUAUUAUGUCACGGCGCCGGAGAUUCUGAAGUACUUCGAAGAAGUGGCAGAGAAGUAUCAACUUAACCAGUAUAUCACGACCGGACGGAAGGUCGUGGGCGCUGAGUGGAACGACGAGAAACAGCAAUGGCUCGUCCACAGCAGGCAGACAGAUGGAAGAAGAACCGUUGUUUCGAGUCCUGGAAUCACAGAUGGUGAAGUUGGCGAGGACAUAAUCGAGGAGUGCGAUAUAUUCAUCAAUGCUUCCGGAUAUUUCAAUCACUGGCGUUGGCCUACAACCCCAGGCCGUGACGUCUUCAAAGGCCAACUCCUUCACAGUGCUGAUUACAAUCCGAAGACCGACCUCAAGGGAAAGAAGGUCGGGUUGAUCGGGAACGGCAGCAGUGGUAUUCAGAUUACAGCCGCCAUCCAAAAAGAGGUAUCAGAGCUGACUGUCUUCAUGCGCAAUCCGACCUGGAUCACGGCGAGCUUGGGCUCUAGUUUCGUUCCGGCAAAUGGGGAACCAUUUACGGAGGAGCAGAAAGCGUUCUGGGCCAAGAACCCUGACGAAUACCUAAAGUAUCGUAAGGCUGUCGAGAAGGAAUUGAACGAUGGCUUUCCCUUCUUCAUCCAUGGCACCAAAGCUCAAGCAGACGCGUUGGACUUUACGACCAAGGAUAUGAAGAGAAGACUCGCGAAGAAGCCCGAGCUGGCCGAGCUUCUGCUACCUACCUAUCCUGUGGGAUGCCGAAGACCUACCCCUGGAACCGGAUACCUUGAAGCACUCUGCGCGGACAACGUCGAAAUUGCUUGGGGAGAAUUAGACUCUUUCACGGCGAAGGGCAUCAAAUCCGCCGAUGGCACGGAGCGGGAGUUCGACGUUAUCAUCUGCGCCACGGGGGUGCCAAGAUGGCCAACGAUUGGAUUGAAUGGAGUGGACCUCCAGAAGAAAUGGAAGGAAGACCCCGCAGCGUAUCUUUCCGCGAUCGCAAACGAUAUGCCGAAUUAUUUUGUGUAUAUGGGUCCGGGUGCACCAGUGGGCCACGGCAGUCUCUUGCCCUCCAUUGAGCGCGUAACCCUCUAUAUCGUCGACAUAAUCAACAAGCUCCAAACCCAAAACUACAGCUCCUUCCUCCUCAAGCCAGGCAAGGCCAAGAACUGGCAGUCGCAGAUGCUGGCCUGGCUGGAGAAGACGGUGUGGGGCGACAACUGCCAGAGCUCGUUCAAGAAUGGCACAGUCGACGGCAAAUUGUACUCCUUCCACGGUGGCUCGCGUCUGCAUUAUUUUGAGUUGUUGAGGAUGCAUCGCUAUGAGGAUUUUGAAUGGAAGAGUAGGUGUCCGGAGCCGGAACUCGAAUUUGCUUGGCUGGCUAGUGGGUUUCUGCAGCAGGAGUUGCACAACAAGGGAGAGGAUAAUGUGUGGUAUUUCAACCAGGAGCCAGAGGUCUUGACGUCGUUCAUUGGAGAGUGA